AUGGCUUUUCCCUUUGAUAUUUUCCAUGCGGAAAUCAUUCGAACGGUGUUGGAAGGUGAAAAAGAACGAUGUGCAGCUAAAGAGGAGUUUGGAACGAUACUGGAAAACUUGAAUGGACCGGCAGACAUUGAAAAGUACGAUGGAUUGGUGCAGAAAGCGUUUCUUCAUGUCAACGCCGAAACCAAACUCGAAUCGAUCGGAUUUCGAGUCGGACGACAAUUAGUGGAGAAAGUGUCGAAAGAAGCGCCGAAACUUGUCACUGAGCUGGAGAUCGUAAAAUUCAUUUGCAAAGAUUUCUGGUCAUCAGUUUUCGGCAAACAAGUCGACAAUCUCCGUACAAAUCAUCAGGGUGUCUACGUCGUGCAAGACGGUCGCUUCACGACGCUUCGAAGUUUUCCAGAAGGCGAUCAAUACGUGAAAGAGAGCGGCUAUUUUCUCUCGUUUCCGUGUGGUUUACUGCGUGGAGCACUCGCCGGACUCAAUAUUCGAGCCAUCGUGACGCCCACCAUCGAGACGGUGCCAUCUGUCAAAUUUCAUAUCCAAAUUCAACCGAAAUAG